UCAAGUGAGGUAAAAGACUUUACCAUUGAUCUCAAGAUCAAUAAAUUAUUGAAAAGAAAAAAAAAAAGAAAGAAAAAUCACAAGCCACGACGGAACCUCUGGUGAGUGUCACGUAUAAGCCUGAACGGCCAUUGCACGUACAGCCUAAGCGCCGCAUCCCGAACUCCGGAGUAAACUAUGGCGUUAACUGGAAAAAGGGUUUUGGCAUUGGCCGGAAGCGGUUCCUCCAGGAUUCCACUACAGUUACAGCAAGCUCAUUUCCCACUUUGUUUCCGGAGAUUCGUUUCCACUGAUCCCUCGAAUCCUAUUUCGAAUCCUCUGCUUCUCAGGUUGCUUCAGGAGCCAACUUCGUCUGUCAAAUCCGUGCUCGAUUCUCAGGAAAAUGCUUUUCUCUGUAGCUCCCGUCUUUCCUUCAAUACCCUCGUUACGUCUCUUAUAUCUUCUUCGUCGCCUAAGAAGGCUCAGCUGGUUUUGGAAUGGAAAUUGGAGAAAAUGAGCAAAGAAAAUGAGAGGGAUCCUGAUUUUUACAUAGACCUGAUGCGUCUAUGCGGAGAGCUUCAAAAUUCCCCUCUUGCAAUGUGUGUCUUCACUGUUAUGGAAUUUCAAGGAGUUAAACCCACGGUGACCGCUUUCAAUUCACUUAUAGAGGCUUGUAUAUCUUCCCGUAAUAUGAUAACUGCCUUCAGCAUAUUUGAAGUAAUGAAAAACUCUGAAAGUUAUAAACCCAAUAGUGAUACUUUCUAUCAUUUCAUUUUCGUGUUCGCCAAAUUGCACGAUGUCAAUUCUAUGCAAGCAUGGUAUUCAGCCAAAAAAGCAUUUGGAUUCUCUCCUGACCUUCGAACCUAUGAAGCUCUUAUACAUGGUAGUGUGAAGUCAAAGUGCUUUGACUUUGCUGUUAAAUGUUUUGAGGAAAUGAUGUUAUCUGGCAUUGUGCCCAACACAAUCAUAUUGGAGAAUAUGCUUGAAGGGCUCUGUAAGAGAAAGAAUUUGGAUGAAGUGAAGAAGUUCUUAAAUGUUGUGCUUGACAAAGGAUGGGAGAUCAAUUGGAAUGUGGUAGCGAAAUUCUUUCCAAUAUGGUUUGAAUCUGGGGAGUUGGAAGGGAUGGAGGAGAUCCUUACCAAGAUAAAUAAAUCGAAUUCGGCUGUCAAUGGUAUAUAGUUAUAAACAUACUGUAAAAUGAUAACAAUGUAUAUCCCAUGUCCAAAAUUUUGAUGGAGUACAAUAUUCUGCUUUGUCUUUGAGAGAUGGAAAUUGUGGAUCACUUGUUUUUGCAUUGUGAGUUUGCUUCUAAA